AUGAGUCACGAAGAUGUUCCUCGCGAGAUCAAGGAUGAGAUGGAACAGUUAUAUGAAGACGUUGAAGGGUUGAGGGACGAGUACGUGUUGCUAGAUAAGAUCGGGGAAGGUACUUUCUCUUCUGUAUACAAGGCAGAAGAUAUCAAGGGAAAAGUUUGCCAGAGAUACAGUUCACAUUUUUGGACUCCAGGCUCUCGAUACGUUGCAUUGAAGAAGAUCUAUGUUACUUCUUCACCCCAAAGAAUUUACAACGAGCUUAAUUUGCUUUAUAUGCUAACCGGCUGCACCAGAGUGGCACCCCUGUGUGAUGCGACCAGAGUACGAGAUCAAGUCAUAGCAGUGCUGCCGUACUAUCCACAUGAAGAAUUUCGUAAUUUCUACAGGGAUUUGCCUAUCAAGGGAAUUAAGAUGUAUUUGUGGGAAAUGUUACAAGCACUUAGUUUUGUACAUUCGAAGGGAAUUAUGCAUAGAGAUAUUAAACCUACAAAUUUUCUUUAUAAUCCAGAGAUCGGUAGAGGUGUAUUAGUAGAUUUCGGAUUGGCAGAAAUGCAACCAGACUACGAUAGGAAUGAGGUCGAAGAGGAUUCAUUAGCUUCGAUCAGAGAUUGGAGAAGUCAUGAACAGUUUUGCCCCUGUAUCGUACGAGAUACCAACAAACAAAAUGCAUCAUCGCCCAUGGUGACUAUUCAAAAUGGAAAAGUUGUACAUUUAAACAAUGUCAAUGGUGUGGACCUAUCGAAAGGUUAUCCAAAGAACGAAACUCGUAGGAUUAAAAGAGCUAAUAGAGCGGGAACUCGUGGCUUUAGGGCACCUGAGGUUCUGAUGAAAUGUGGAUCUCAAACUACUAAAAUUGAUAUUUGGUCGGUUGGUGUCAUAUUGCUAAGUCUUUUAUCAAGAAGGUUCCCACUGUUCCAAAGUAUGGAUGAUACUGAUUCACUUUUGGAAUUAUGUACAAUUUUCGGUUGGAAGAAGAUCCGCAAAUGUGCCGCCCUGCAUGGAUUAGGAUUUGAAGUUAGUGGAUUAAGACAUAUUACUGAGAACGGAUUUCCUAAUGCUCUUAAAGAAUUUAUUUACAAAUUGUUAGACAAAGAAUGUACAGUGGGUACAUUUCCAGACUACAGCGUAGCGUUUGAAACGUAUGAAUAUUUAUCACAGGAAUUGUACGAUAGAAGAUCAAUCGAGCCCAAAUUACCUGGUUCCUCUAAUGCGGAAACUACCAUAACGACUGAAGGUCCACAAGCCUAUGAACUUAAAAAAUAUCAAGAAGAAAUUUGGUCAGAUCAUUAUUGGUGUUUUCAAGUUCUUGAGCAAUGUUUAGAGUUCGAUCCUCAAAAGCGAAGUUCAGCGUCUGAACUAUUACAAAGUGCAUUUUUCAACGAAUUAAAUGAAGCUGAUAUUUAUACUGAUGUGGAAACCACAGAUGAAGACCAAAUGUCAGAAGAAGAUCAAGCAGUUGACGAUGAUUUGUUGUUAAUACCUGGAUAG